AUGGUGGAAGAAAUGUUGGAAAGCAUUUUGGAAAAGGGAAAGUGCCAAGAAAUAGAAUUGGAAGAUUUGAAUUUAAUUCAACAACUCAUUGAGGGGGCCCCCAAAGGGUACAGGGGGUUGUUGGGGGGCCCCCCUGUGGACGAGCUCACCAGGGCCGCCUUCGACAUCGUCGCGAACCAGCGGACGGGGCUGGACGUGGACCGGCUGGACUACCUG